UUGUUCUCACUGACAGACCCAGUGAUCUUUUAGUUCUAAGAGAAGUUAGAAUUUAGAAACGAAAAAAUGCUUGCUGUGUUUGACAAAUCCAUCGCAAAGAGUCCUGAAGGCUUGCAGAGCCCUGAUUCCGAAUCGGUUUCUGCUUUCAAAGAUGGGUUUUUGGCUCAGCAUUUCUCAUCCGUUCAUCCGGCUUCCGUCACCAUCAAUCUUGGUUCUGCUGGUGUCAUGGCCUUUACUACUGAUAAACAGAACCCUCUCCUUCCAAGGUUAUUCGCUGUUGUAGAUGACAUAUUCUGCCUAUUCCAAGGGCACAUUGAGAACAUUGCUCUCCUGAAGCAACAAUAUGGAUUGAACAAGGCUGCAAACGAAGUCAGUAUUGUAAUAGAAGCAUAUAGAACUCUAAGAGACAGAGGGCCUUAUCCUGCAAACCAGGUUGUGAGAGAUCUUGGUGGGAAGUUUGUUUUUGUCCUGUAUGAUAGCUCUUCAAAAACCACCUUCAUUGCUGCUGAUGCUGAUGGGAGUGUGCCCUUCUUCUGGGGAAAUGAUUCUGAAGGUCAUCUUGUUCUGUCAGAUGAUAAGGAGAUUGUAAAGAAAGCUUGUGGAAAAUCUUUUGCACCAUUCCCUAAAGGGUGUUUCUUCACAACUUCUGGAGGCUUGAGGAGUUACGAGCACCCUAUGAAUGAGCUGAAAGCAAUGCCCAGGAUUGACAGUUCAGGCCAGGUUUGUGGUGCAACAUUCAAUGUUGAUGUGGAGACCAAGAAAGAAUCUAACAUGCCAAGAGUUGGGAGUGCUGCAAACUGGUCUGCCCACUACUGACUUCAUCGUGUCCUUUUGGAAGGCAUUUGUUACUAUUUCGCCUUCCUUUUGUGUCAAUUCCAACAUUACUCAUCUUCCAUAAUAUGGAUCCCUUUCCUGUUUAUUGGUACUGGGGUCUUAUGUUUGUAGAAUGCCUUUUAAACUAUAGUCCGGGGCAUUAUUGUAAUUAGAAUAUUAGAUUGCCUACUGCAGCUUACACAGCACCUGUGAUAGAUAUUGUAAUAUCACAGUUGUAGGAAUGAUAAUAUUCUUAUGUCAUGAUUGUAAGAAUGAAACCAAAACUAUGGCCUUCUGUUGCAU